CCUUUGAUCUCGGAUCGUGCUUUACUCUCUAGAAAACAAUUCGAAGGAUUGAAGAGAGCCAAGCGAUGUGUUACUCAGAAGUUGGUGCGAAGACAUUCAGACUUCGAUAUUGAAGAGAGACUGCUUAAGGCAAUCGGCAAUAUGGGCUGGAAGUGGCCGACUCAGGUGCAGGAGUCCAUCUUCGGUCUUGCUCUUGAGGACAAAAAUAUACUGGCGAGAGCUCGAACGGGAAGCGGAAAAACGGGAGCCUAUCUGAUUCCUAUUGUUAACAAAGCUAUCGGUUAUGCAACUACAUUGUCUGGUGAGUCAAAGGGUCCGUUUGCUUUGUUCAUUGCGCCCACGAAAGAGCUUUGCGUACAGGAUACUGCUAAUUUCGUUGUUUCCACCCCUGGGAAAAUAUUGGAGGUAUUGGCAGUUCGCCGACAUUUUUGUGAAGACGUUCGUCAUCUUGUGCUCGACGAAGCCGAUCUUCUGCUAUCUUUCGGUUACGAAGAUGAAAUGAGCUCUCUCAAGAAGUUCCUCCCCGUCAAGUAUCAGUGCAUACUGACGUCAGCUACUAUCACUGACGAUAUGAGUUCAUUGAAAAGCCUGUUUAUGACAGGGCCGGUACUCACGCUCAAGUUGAAGGAAGGAGACCUACCAGAUGUGGAUCAGCUUACGCAGUACCAAAUAACAUGUUUGGAUGAUAACGAGCGGUUCGCGAUACUCGUUGCAAUGUUCAAGUUACGAUUGAUCGUUGGCAAAACGAUUAUAUUCGUUAAUGACACCAAUAGAUGCUAUAUGACAUCACUUGUUUUGCGUUCAUUUGGAUUGAAGUCUGGUAUUCUGAACUCUUGUAUGCCGGCGAAUUCACGAUUCCAUGUGAUCAAUCAGUACAAUAACGGUGCCUUCGACAUAGUGAUCGCGUCUGAUGCGACGGAUGCCUUCGAUAACGAAACUGCUAAACCGAAAGAGCCAUCGCGGCGCGACAAGGAAUCAGGUGUUUCCCGAGGUAUCGAUUUCCAUCAAGUGGGAAAUGUUGUAAAUUUGGAUUUUCCCACAUCCACUGACAACUACAUCCAUCGCGUGGGAAGUGGAAGUCGCAAGGUCAUAAUUCCAUAUGAGAUUCGUAUCAAUGAGCUCGAUUCCUUCGUGCUGAGAGUAAAGGAGGUGCUUUCAAAAUGUGGCAAAACAGUGAUAAAAGCGGCUAGAAUGCAGGAAAUAAAACUGGAGAUGAUGAGGUCGGCGAAGUUGCAAUCUUUCUUUGCAAACAAUCCCAGAGAAAAGAUAUUGAUGGAGACAAGCACUCGACCCACUACGCUCGCUGUGCAUACCAACGCCAUAGCCGAUGUACCUGAGUAUAUGGUGCCGAAGUCUUUACGUGGGAUCAACUAUUCUAUUAGUCGGAAGAAAAAAUCAAAACCCGGUCAGAAACAUCGGCGCAAGAUUCAAGGAAAGUCUACCGGUCAAAAAGUUCACAACCGUCAGAAAAAUGAUCCAUUACGAAGUUUUAAAAUAUAA